ACGGUUGAUAUUGAAACAAAAUUUAGAAAGAAAGGCACUCACCCACCCAUCCCAUCUCUGUUAUGUUAUUCUCAAAAUUUUAAACUGUUAUAAUUCUUCUACUACCCACCCACCCCUGCACUCCACUUCAACAUAAACAAAUACUUAUAGACAACCAUCUAAAAUUCCAUUUCUUCCUGCAGAAACAUCAUGGCCUAGCUGUUUCUUGGAUCCGGAGAUUCUGGGUUAUUUUAAUUUGUAUAUAAUAACUCUUUUUUUAUAAACACAGUAACCUACAAGACAUGAUUUGGUUCCUUCCCGUUGUUCCUCCCUAGGCUCAAACCUUUCUGCGUGUUCUUUCAUUGGAGUUCGUAGCUUAGUUGUAAUGCCUGUAAAUCCAUGGACCCUCUUCUUCUUAUGCAUUUCCCUUAUGCUCCCACUCCAUUUUCUCACAGCUGCUGCAGUGAACCAACAAGGGGAGGCUCUUCUAUCAUGGAGGAGAACCCUGAACGGGUCCCUGGAGGUAUUGAGUAACUGGGACCCAGUUCAAGUCACCCCAUGUAGCUGGUAUGGAGUGAGUUGCAACACGAAGAACGAAGUAGUACAGCUGGAUCUGAGGUAUGUGGAUUUGCUUGGAAGACUGCCCAGUGAUUUCACCUCAUUGCUUUCCUUAAGCAGUCUGAUCUUAGCCGGAACCAAUCUCACGGGUUCAAUUCCAAAAGAAAUAGGUUACCUUGUGGAACUCAGCUACUUGGACUUAAGUGACAAUGCCUUGAGUGGCGAAAUACCAAGUGAGCUAUGUUACUUGCCUAAACUUGAGGAACUCCAUCUCAACUCCAAUGAUCUCGUGGGGUCCAUUCCAGUUGCAAUUGGAAACCUCACAAAGUUGCAGAAGCUGAUCCUAUAUGACAACCAACUCAGCGGGGAAAUUCCUACCACAAUCGGCAACCUUAAGAGCCUUCAAGUGAUAAGAGCAGGAGGAAACAAGAACCUGGAGGGUCCUCUACCACAAGAAAUUGGCAACUGUUCCAGUUUAGCGAUGUUGGGUCUUGCUGAAACAAGCCUCUCAGGUUUUCUGCCACCAACUCUUGGCCUUCUGAAGAACCUUGAAACCAUUGCCAUUUACACUUCCUUACUCUCCGGUGAAAUACCACCUGAACUUGGGGACUGCACAGGGCUCCAAAACAUUUACCUUUACGAGAACUCUCUCACUGGAUCAAUACCAAGCAAGUUGGGAAACCUUAAAAACCUCGAAAACCUUCUACUGUGGCAGAACAAUCUAGUUGGUACCUUGCCCCCCGAGAUUGGCAACUGUGAGCGGUUGUCAGUGAUUGACGUGUCAAUGAACUCACUAACCGGAAGCAUUCCCAACACUUUCGGGAACUUGACAUCAUUGCAAGAGCUCCAACUCAGUGUAAACCAGAUUUCGGGGGAGAUUCCAGGAGAACUGGGGAAGUGUCAGCAACUCACACAUGUGGAGCUUGACAACAAUCUCAUCACUGGUACCAUACCUUCCGAAUUAGGAAACCUUGCUAAUUUAACGCUCUUGUUCUUAUGGCACAACAAGCUGCAAGGUAACAUUCCCUCUUCCCUUUCCAAUUGUCAAAACCUAGAGGCUAUUGAUCUGUCACAGAAUGGAUUAACGGGUCCCAUACCCAAGGGGAUAUUCCAGCUCAAGAAUCUCAACAAGCUUUUGCUCCUAUCCAAUAACCUCUCAGGGAAAAUUCCAUCUGAAAUUGGGAAUUGUUCUUCCCUAAUUCGAUUCCGAGCCAACGACAACAACAUCACCGGGAACAUUCCCUCGCAGAUUGGGAAUCUCAACAAUUUGAAUUUCCUUGACCUAGGGAAUAAUCGGAUUUCCGGCGGUAUCCCGGAGGAGAUAUCUGGCUGCCGGAAUCUCGCAUUUCUUGAUAUACAUUCGAACUUUCUCGCCGGAAACCUACCAGAAAGUUUGAGCCGGCUUAAUUCGCUUCAGUUUCUCGAUGUUUCCGACAACAUGAUCGAAGGUAUACUAAACCCCACCGUCGGCGAACUCACCGCGCUCUCCAAACUAGUUCUCUCGAAGAAUCGAAUCUCCGGCUCAAUUCCGAGUCAAAUUGGGUCUUGUUCUAAAUUACAAUUACUGGAUCUCAGUAGCAACAAUCUCUCCGGCGAAAUCCCCGGCAGCAUCGGCAACAUUCCGGCAUUGGAAAUCGCUCUGAAUUUGAGCCUGAACCAACUAUCCGGCGAGAUCCCUCGGGAGUUCUCCGGAUUGACGAAGCUCGGAGUGCUGGACAUAUCUCACAACACUCUCAGCGGAAACAUUCAAUAUCUCGCGGGUCUGCAGAAUCUGGUGGUGCUCAAUAUCUCGAAUAACAAAUUCUCGGGACGAGUUCCGGAUACGCCUUUCUUCGCGAAGCUGCCGUUGAGUGUGCUGGCGGGGAACCCGGCGCUGUGCUUUUCCGGAAACGAGUGCAGUGGCGACGGCGGCGGAAGGUCGGGACGGCGGGCUAAGGUAGCGCGCGUGGCGAUGGUGGUCCUGCUGUGCACCGCGUGCUUGCUGCUCAUGGCGGCGCUAUAUGUCGUCGUCGCAGCGAAACGGCGAGGGGACCGCGAAAACGACGUGGAGCUAGAUGGAAAGGACAGCGACGUGGACAUGGCCCCACCUUGGGAAGUGACACUGUACCAGAAACUCGAUCUGUCCAUCUCUGACGUAGCUAAAUGUCUCACUGCUGGCAACGUCAUCGGCCAAGGCCGAUCCGGCGUCGUUUAUAGGGUCGACUUGUCGAGUACGGGACUCGCCGUGGCGGUGAAGAAGUUCCGGUUGUCGGAGAAAUUCUCCGCGGCGGCGUUCUCGUCGGAGAUUGCCACGCUUGCGCGAAUCCGUCACCGGAACAUCGUGCGGCUGCUGGGUUGGGGGGCCAACAGGAGAACCAAGUUACUGUUUUACGAUUAUUUACCGAAUGGUAACCUGGACACGCUGUUACAUGAGGGGUGCACAGGAUUAAUUGAUUGGGAGACGAGGCUCAAGAUAGCGUUGGGGGUGGCUGAGGGCGUGGCUUAUUUGCACCACGAUUGCGUGCCUGCUAUCUUGCACCGGGACGUCAAGGCGCAGAACAUUUUGUUAGGAGACAGAUACGAGCCCUGUUUGGCGGAUUUUGGUUUCGCUCGAUUCGUGGAAGAGGAUCACGCAUCCUUUUCGAUUAAUCCACAUUUCGCCGGCUCCUACGGUUACAUUGCUCCCGAGUAUGCUUGCAUGCUUAAAAUCACAGAGAAGAGCGACGUGUACAGCUUUGGAGUGGUCCUACUGGAGAUAAUAACGGGGAAAAGGCCAGUGGAUCCAUCAUUCCCGGAUGGGCAACAUGUUAUUCAGUGGGUCAGGGAGCACCUCAAGAGCAAGAAGGACCCGAUCCAGGUUCUAGAUUCCAAGCUCCAAGGCCAUCCAGACACACAAAUCCAAGAGAUGCUACAAGCACUUGGUAUUGCCCUCUUGUGCACAAGUAAUCGUGCAGAGGAUCGACCGACAAUGAAAGAUGUUGCAGCAUUAUUGAGAGAAAUUCGUCACGAUCCUCCACCAGGCGCUGAGCCCCACAAGCCCAAACCCAUUACAUCUCAAGCUUCAUCCUAUUCCUCCUCCUCUGUCACCCCUGCUCAGUUGUUGCUCCUACAAUCUACCUCCAACUCCUCCUCAUCCCUUGCUUAUUCCUCUUCCUCAGCAACACCCUACCCCCCUCCAAGGAAUCAAUCCUCCAUUCAAAUUUAAUGCCUCUUUCUAUUGGAAAA